AUGAGCGACCUCGACAAGUCAGUAUUCAUCCCAUGCCAGCCGCUGGCCCACGACUCGCUGCGCCUGCUAACUGCCGCCUGUAGAGCGAUCGCGCAACUGCGCUCAUGCCGUCCCAUCCCAGAGGACCAAGUUCGAGAGCUCUGCCAUCGCGCCAGAGAGCUUCUUAUUGAGGAGGGCAACGUCGUCACCGUGACGGCGCCGGUAACAAUAUGCGGCGAUAUCCAUGGCCAGUUCCACGACCUCAUGGAGCUGUUCCGCGUCGGCGGCGAUGUGCCCGACACAAACUACCUCUUCAUGGGUGACUUUGUCGACCGUGGCUUCUACUCCCUCGAAUCAUUCCUCCUCCUCCUCUGCCUCAAAGUUCGAUACCCAGACCGCAUGACGCUCAUCCGCGGCAACCACGAGUCCCGCCAGAUCACGACCGUGUACGGCUUCUAUGACGAGUGCCUGCGCAAGUACGGCAGCGCAAACGUGUGGCGCUAUUGCUGCGACGUUUUCGACUACCUCGCCCUCGGCGCCAUCGUCCUGGGCGCCUCCAGCACGCUCGUAGGGAACCCCACGGGGGCGAUUCUCUGCGUGCACGGCGGACUCAGCCCGCUGGUGGACACGGUGGACAAGAUUCGGCUCAUCGACCGGAAGCAAGAAGUGCCCCACGAGGGCGCCAUGUGUGACCUGCUGUGGUCCGAUCCGGACGAGAUUGACGGCUGGGGCCUCUCGCCGCGCGGCGCCGGGUUCCUCUUUGGCGCCGACAUCGUCAAGGUCUUCAACCAUCGCAACGAUCUCAGCCUCAUUGCCCGCGCGCACCAGCUUGUCAUGGAAGGUUUUAAGGAAAUGUUUGAUGCUUCCAUCGUCACCGUCUGGUCCGCGCCCAACUACUGCUACCGCUGCGGCAACGUCGCCGCCGUGCUGGAGCUCACCGAGGACGAUACGGGCCUGCGCGGCGGUACCGCGUGUUCCAGGCUGCGCCGCAGGACUCGCGGGGGAUGCCUGCCAAGAAGC